CUGACUUUUUCAGGUCAUCCCCGACAGCUGUAUACUAACAGGGUUGUAACACUGUGGUAUCGGCCACCGGAGUUGUUACUAGGUGAUCGACAAUAUACAACAUCCAUUGAUAUGUGGGGUGCCGGGUGCAUCAUGGCUGAAUUAUGGACACGAUCGCCUAUCAUGCAAGGCGACACCGAGCAGAAACAACUUACUAUGAUAUGCAACCUUUGUGGUUCUAUAGACAAAGAUUCCUGGGAUAGGGUGAGCGAAUUGCCGCUGUUCGAUCGAAUGGAACUUCCGCAGGGUCAACCGCGCAUUCUUCCACAGCGUAUGCGAGCUUACAUAAAGGUUGAAGUUGUUUUGUAUGUCUCGAUUAGCUUUUGA